UGUCAACAAUUAAACAAAUUACACACACACACACAAAAACACGAGACGAAAAACACAAUGGGUUAUUAUUCUCGGCAAACGAAGCGAAACAGAGCACUCUCCUCUGUUUCCACACUUCUCCUAGGCUUCCUCCUCUGCAUCUCCAAGCCAUCGUAUGCCCAAAACCCGCCGGUGUUCGCAUGUGACUUAACCGGAAACCCUUCUCUCGCCGGGUUUGGGUUCUGCAACACGGGGUUGAAGGCCGAAGCCCGAGUCACCGAUCUUGUCGGAAGAUUGACGUUGGAGGAGAAAAUCGGGUUUUCGGUGAGUCGAGCUACCGGCGUGAGCCGGCUUGGGAUUCCGGAAUAUAAUUGGUGGUCGGAGGCACUUCACGGCGUCUCUGACGUCGGAGGUGGUAGUAGUUUCUCCGGUCAAGUCCCUGGCGCCACUAGCUUCCCUCAAGUCAUACUCACCGCUGCUUCCUUCAAUGUGUCUCUAUUCCAAGCUAUUGGCAAGGUUGUGUCGACGGAGGCGAGGGCAAUGUACAAUACGGGAUCAGCUGGUUUAACGUUUUGGUCACCGAAUGUGAACAUAUUCCGGGACCCGAGAUGGGGAAGAGGACAAGAGACUCCCGGCGAGGACCCGACGCUCGCGAGCAAAUACGCGGUGGCUUAUGUUAAAGGUCUACAGGACACUGACGGUGGAGAUCCAGACCGUCUAAAAGUCGCCGCUUGCUGCAAACACUACACCGCCUAUGACGUUGACAAUUGGAAAGAUGUCCAUCGUUUUACUUUCAACGCCGUGGUGAACCAGCAAGAUAUGGAUGAUACGUUUCAACCACCGUUCAAGAGCUGUGUAGUUGAUGGGAAUGUGGCUAGUGUCAUGUGUUCUUACAACCAAGUUAACGGUAAACCGACAUGCGCUGAUCCUGAUCUGCUUUCUGGUGUGAUCCGCGGUCAAUGGAAGUUAAAUGGGUACAUUGUUUCGGAUUGUGAUUCAGUAGAAGUGAUGUAUGUGAACCAACACUAUACCAAGACUCCAGAGGAAGCUGUGGCCAAAUCGAUGUUGGCAGGUUUGGAUUUGAAUUGUUAUCAUUUCACGGGUCAGCACGCGAUGGAAGCGGUCAAGGCCGGUUUAAUAAACGAAGCAGACAUUGACAAAGCGAUUUCAAACAAUUUCGCGACUCUGAUGCGUUUAGGAUUCUUCGAUGGUGACCCGAAGAAGCAGCCCUACGGUGGUCUUGGUCCCAACGAUGUUUGCACCGCUGAGAACCAAGAACUCGCUAGAGAAGCCGCAAGGCAAGGCAUUGUCUUGCUCAAGAACUCUGCUGGUUCGCUUCCGCUCUCAUCCUCCGCGAUCAAAACGUUAGCAGUGAUCGGACCAAACGCCAAUGUCACCGAAACGAUGAUCGGAGACUACAGUGGUAAACCGUGCAAGUACACAACGCCGCUUCAGGGACUGGCGGAAACGGUUCCGUCGACGUAUCAGCCAGGGUGUUCUAACGUGGCGUGCGCAGAGGCGGAUUUAGAAUCAGCCACGGCCCUUGCAGCUUCUGCGGAUGCAGUUGUGCUCGUGAUGGGGAUAGAUAUAUCAAUUGAGUGGGAGGACGUUGACCGAGUCGACCUGAAUCUUCCCGGGAAACAGCAAGAUCUUGUGACUCAGGUGGCUAAGGCGGCGAAAGGACCGGUGGUCCUCGUCAUAAUGUCCGGUGGAGGAUUUGACGUUACUUUCGCCAAGAACGAUGAGAAGAUCACAAGCAUUAUGUGGGUCGGAUAUCCUGGUGAAGCCGGUGGUCUCGCCAUUGCUGACGUCAUCUUCGGCCGUUAUAAUCCGAGCGGAAGGUUGCCGAUGACGUGGUAUCCUCAGUCGUAUGUGGAGAAAGUUCCGAUGUCGAAUAUGAACAUGAGACCCGACGAAUCAACCGGGUAUCCGGGUCGGAGCUACCGGUUUUACGCCGGGGAAACCGUAUACGCCUUCGGUGACGGAAUCAGCUACACUCAGUUCAGCCAUCGGCUAAUCAAAGCCCCACGACCAGUCUCUCUUCGUCUUGACAAGAGCCACCCUUGCAGAUCGUCGGAGUGCCAAUCACUGGACGCGAUGGGACCACACUGCGAGAACGCCGUCGAGGGAGGAUCGGAUUUCGAAGUCCACCUAAUUGUAAGGAACGCCGGAGACAGAGAGGGGAGCCACACGGUGUUUCUAUUCACGACGCCGCCGGCAGUACACAGAUCGCCGAUUAAGCAUCUGCUAGAGUUCGACAAGGUUCGUCUGGGGAAGAAUGAAGAGGCGGUGGUUAGAUUUAAGGUCGAUGUGUGUAAGGAUCUGAGUGUGGUUGAUGAAGCCGGGAAGAGGAGAAUCGCGUUAGGCGAACAUCUUCUCCACGUGGGAAGCUUGAAACAUCUCUUGAGCAUUAGGGUCUGA